AUGGCUAUUUCCGCCACUCGUGGGAAACUAAUUGCAGUAAUAGGAGAUGAAGAUACAUGUACCGGGUUUCUACUUAGUGGUACUGGCGAGGUUGACAAAAAUCGAAAACCUAAUUUUUUCGUCGUUGAUAAAAAUACAUCAUUAAUUGAUGUUGAAGAUGUGUUUCGAUCUUUUGUAGGUCGCGAUGAUAUUGCUAUUAUUCUAAUUGUACAAAAUGUUGCCGAGAUGAUUCGUCAUCUUAUAGACUCACACAACGUCGCCAUACCGGCAAUAUUGGAAAUACCUAACCGUGAUAUUCCUUAUGACGCUAGCAAAGACACUAUUUUGAAGAGAGCGAAAGGUUUAUUUAGUGCUGAGGAUUUCCGUUGA